CCCUCAAUCAAAAUGUUCAAAUUCGUCGCCUUCUUCGCUUUGUUGGCUGUUGCCGCUGCUGCUCCUGGUCUGAUUACUGAGACCCAUCAUGUUGUCCAACCUGUCGUGACCAAAACAGCAUAUGUUGAUAACAGUGCCUCAUCGGCCAUUACCCAUCAAAGCUUCACCAAUUUGGAAAGGAAAGUCCCAGUAGUCCACACAGUUGCUGCUGCCCCAGUUGUCAAGACUGUGUCGACUCCAGUUGUUCACACCUACGCUGCUGCUGCUCCUUUGGUUAAGACUGUUGCCGCUCCCGUUGUUCACACUUAUGCUGCCGCUCCUGUUCUUAAGACUGUAGCUACUCCUGUUGUCCACACCUAUGCUGCUGCUCCAGUUGUACACACCGCUCCCUUGGUGAAGACUGUUGUCGCCGCUCCUGUUGCCUAUACCGCUUUCCAUUAAG